CACACCAAACCUCGAAGUUGAAGCAAUCUCAUUGACCUGUUUGAGGGACUGGGACUGUGAAACAACGGUAGCAUGGCUGGAUCUAAUUAUAGAUGUUUGUUAACAUCAUCGUCUGAGACGAUAUGUCACGAAUGGUAAUUAGAUAUAUUAUCAAUAACGGAAAAACAAGUCACUUUGAACUUAAGCCCGAGGAAUACGCAAGCCAAGACAUUCUCUAGCAGAAAAAGAUCAACACUACGGAAACAUCGCAUCUAUCAGUGUCAGUGGAAGAAAAGAGAAUUACUUGGAUGUAAAUAUUGCACAUGGACGGUAGCACAAUGGUAAUUUAAUCAACACUUCACGGCUGCGUGUUUAAUUUAAAUAGUCGUGACCACUACGCCGCUCUCUUGCAUUCGAAAUGAAAGGAUACCACCAAAUAAUCAUUUGCGUUUUAACCUUCUGCAUGUUCAAAGUCACCAGCCAAAAAAGUGCAAAAUCAAAACACUGUGAUGCAUUCCGCCGCUGCACAUGGACGAAGGCACCCACUCUAUUCGUUAAAGUUCCAACACAAAAGGUUGUAUGUUUGAUAAGAAGCAACACGGGUGAACCGUGUACCAUGGACAUCCACCAGAUUUUAAAAUUACUACCAGCCAGCAGGGAUGUCGUGCUCUACCUUGCCACCGCCUGUUUAACCCCGACGCAAAUUUCUGUUAACAAUUCUUUAAAUGUCACUAAGAAAAACUUCAUAUUCUACAUGCAGAUUUUGGGACGUUGCAGCAUUUCAGUAAAGGCCCUGUCUGUCUGGGGGCAAGCUACAGAUUUUCGGGUGUUUUACGCGUCGGAGAACACAACUUUGCUAGAAAGAAACAGAAAAUUAAAAGCUAGCUCUCCUCGAGCACUGGAAAACAUUGGUACUCUAGUAGUAUACAAAUCUCGCCCACGAGGCAUUCCGAACAUUUUUAGAAUAUACGCCUGGCCAAAGAUGGCUGAAGUUUUAUUUUCCAAUCUACAGCUUUCGUCAAUCCCUGCAAAGCUAAACAACACCAUGCCGCUACUUCAAUCUCUAGAAGUUCCCCACAACAAUUUUACAAAACCACCACCUUUUCCUUGGUGCAACACCACCCUUGAACUGCCAAGAGGACUGGAAAGAACGCCAACUGCAAAUCACCACUAUCAAUUCGGCACCAUCGUUAACCCGAAGCUGUACCGACGAUUCUUCGACUUGUCGUAUAACAACAUCGUAGAUUUAGCGACUCACGAAUUUAAAGGACUUCUAAACGCGUUAAAUCUGGAGGGAAAUGGACUAAAAGUAGUUGGACCAAAGUGUUUCCUCGGUUUAAAAGGAAUACAGGUAAUAAACCUACGAAAUAACGAGCUGAGUGAUUUGCCUUCACAUUUAUUCCAAGGACUCCGAAGUCUCCUAGUAUUACGAUUGGACAACAACAACAUUUCGUCUUUACCAAUCCAACUUUUUAAAAACCUGACAAACAUCAAAAGAAUUGAUUUAGGAGGUAACAAACUGGGCUACGUUCCAAAUGAAUUGUUCAACAACUUAAAAUCUUGUGAAGUAUUGAAUUUAAAUGAUAAUCAAAUCACUGUAAUAGAAGAUGACGCUUUCCCCACCGAUUCAAGUUCUUUGCAAAAGAUUAACCUCCAAAACAACAAAAUAACUCGGAUUCCUUCAUCUUUAUUCCUGCAACGGCAUGCCACAGAUAUAAACCUGUCAUUCAAUCAACUGACUUUUCAGGACCUUAGAAACCUCUUCAAGGAAAUAGACCCGAACACGUUUUUGUACCACCAUCGUGACACAGCAAGCUCCGCAGAGUUUAGACUAAAGGAAAGUUUUAAUCACAUCAGCUUCGCUAAUAACAAAUUUUCGAAAAUAAACGUAAAGACACUCAACAAGACAGAGAUAAUUCUGUUUGAGUUUCUUCUACAAAUUUACACAAUCGACAUGACUGGGAACCUCUUGGAGUGUGAUUGCCAUAUCUUGUUCUUGGCUCGCUGGAUUCGAGUACUGAUGCUGAAGUAUCCGCGUAUUCAAAGGGUGCACUUUCAAACUUGGAAAUGCACGGUUCCUGGCAAAGUUAACGAUAAACCGAUACUAUCUGUACACGAAGAAGAGUUCAAAUGCCAGAAAAAUCUAAACAACUGUCCUCAAAGAUGUUUGUGCUAUGUACGAGCUAUGGAUGAAGCUGUGGUCAUCCACUGCAAAGGAAGAAACCUUACGGAGUUGCCUUCCAAGGUUCCACGCGGUAAUGUAGUUCUUCAUGCAGAGAACAACAACAUCAAGGAGAUUCACCCACAUCCUUAUUUGGAAAACAUCACAGCCCUUUAUCUAACUAACAACGAUAUCCAUGUAAUAAACGAGUCCACAGUAGAAAAGUUAACACGAAUCAAAAUUCUGUUCAUUGAUUUUAACAAACUGACCAGUCUACCUGAGAAUAUCAUAGACGUUAAUUUCACAAUUCUCGCGUUAAACCACAACUUCUUCAAAUGCGACUGUACAACAAAAUGGAUGAAGCAUUGGCUACGAAGAGAGGCAACUAGAAUUCAAAACAUGGAAAACGUUCUGUGCAACUCCGAGAAUGCUCAGGGGAAACCAAUUUACAGCCUACCAGAUAAUGAAUUUGUUUGUCAAAUUCCUGCAGACGAUGAUGCAAAUCCGCCGUCCACAGGAACUGAAUAUAAAAUAAUCGCUAUGAUUCUUGCAGGUUCGCUGGUUUUGACUUUCAUAGUUUUCCUGGUGAUUUUCAGAUACCACGGAGAAAUGAAAGUCUUUCUGUUCACUCACUUCAAUUGGCACCCAUUUGAUCGCAUAGACGACUCAGACCCAAGUAAACUAUACGAUGCGUUUGUGUCUUACAGCGGCAAUGACUACCGUUGGGUGUUAAACACUCUGUGGGACAGACUUGAAAAUCACGACCCCCCCUACACACUGUGUGUCCAUGACCGAGACUUCCAAGUGGGGAAAACGAUACAAGAAAAUAUUUUCAAGAGCGUCGACCAAAGCAAGCGAAUGAUCAUGGUGUUAUCCAAUAACUUCUUAAAAAGCGAGUGGUGCUUGCUAGAAUUCCGCGCCGCACAUCGGAAGGUUCUGGAGGAACGCACAAAUUACAUCAUCAUUAUUCUGUUAGAUGACGUGAAUAUGGACGAGCUUGACGAAGAAAUAAAAUUGUACAUGCGCACCAACACUUAUCUCAGCGUCAACAACAAGUGGUUCUGGCAGAAGCUGUGCUACGCUAUGCCACACAUAACGGUCAAACAAAUAAGAGCGAGAAAUCUCUUGGGUACUCCCCCAAAUGUAGCAUCGCAAUCUGCGGCUCAAAGCGUGUUCUUAAAUGAGGCAUACGCUGUACCUUAACCUUCCCAUGUGUGUUUGACAUUUAAUUCGUCUACAAUUUGUUACUUAGUAAUAUUUAAUCCAGUCUACUUUGCAGCUGUUCUGAAGGAUGUCACGCAACCUAUGACUCAAAGGAGAGUCGCGUGAAAUUCCAAAAUACUUUUCUUAUUGACUGAGUGGUAGGGCCGAACGUGAAUAAUUUUGAUCGUCUUUCGUUUUUUACAUUCCUUUCUUCAUUGAGCUCGCGGGGCCGUGUGGCUUUUGUGCGGCCCUUCUCACGCCAACACGCACGGCCCUCAUCCGGGAAUUUUAGUCUAGUGUUUUUCGAUAAAGGUGCACACGGGUCGUACAGUUCGUAUAAUGAGAGCCUUUAUUGGUCGAACAAGCUUAGUCAAUAAAGUAUUUAUCAAAUCAAAAAACUACC